UACACAACAAUGCACUAUCAAUGGGCAAAUACUCAUUGAUUUCAAAUUAUUAUAAUUUUCUCAAAAUAUAUGCUUCACAUACAGGAAAAAGUUGUAUUAAAUAAUGGGCAAGAAAAGCAUUUCAUAUUAUAAAAUUUGUGCUCAAAGUAGUACUAUAUAAUGGUAUAGCUAGCUUCAUGUGAUUUUACAUGUUUUACUUCUAUUGUCUGAAUUAUUCAAAUUGUGUGAGAAUUGAUGAUGGGCACUAUUCAGCAUUUUAGUCAUGGGCAUACCCUAUAUGAACGUAAGUACGCAAAUAUAUGGCGUUGCAUAAUAUGCAAACAGCCAAUCAUUGCAUCAGAAAGUCAUUUCGAUUGCUUCCAGUGCUGGCAUAACAUCCACAAAAUAUGUGCGGAGUUCCCAGAACAUAUCAAUAACUCGUUGCAUCUACACCCUCUCAGCCUCCGUAGAUCAUCAUUCGAGAGUUCUAUUCGCUGCUUUUAUUGUGACAAAUCCUUUACAGAAGAAGAAUAUGCUUACACUUGCAAGGAUGACUGUGCUUUCUACAUGCAUGCCAAAUGUGGUUCGAUUCCACAACCCACAAUAAUAAGCAGCUACACUACUGGUGAUGGUGAAGAUGAUGAUGACGACUUCGUUCAAUUCUCUUGCCAUCAACAUCCAAUGGCACUUGUAUUCGAGCUUGGAGAUGGUAGUGAUGAAGAAGAUAUUAAUCUAGGUAAGAAAUGCAUAGCAUGUCAAUUACCUUGGUCCUAUCCAGCCUACUCUUGCACAUCACUUUCAUGUCUAAAUUUUUUUCAUAAGUCGUGUGUAGAUAAACUACCUCGAAAAGUUAAACACCCUUUUCAUUCACACAAACCUCUUUCUCUUCAAAUCAGUAAGCCUCAAUCUUGUGAUCUUUGUUGUAAAAGGGAUUGCAGACUUAUUUUCAGUUGUCGUGAAAUCGGGUGUACCUUUAAGAUUGGUACCGAAUGUGCAUUUCUUGAUACAAUUGUAAAAUGUCGAAGUCAUGAUCAUUUGCUUUGUCUUGUGGAAGGAGCAUCUUGUGACGAUAUCAAAUGUGAUGCUUGUCAAAAAUCUUAUAAAGAGUUGGACAAUCAUGCUACAUUUGAAAUUCAGUUGACUCGAUCAUUCCUAUUUCGUUGCAUGGAGUGUAAUUUCAACCUUCAUUUUAUAUGCGGACCAUUGCCAUCUACUAUUAAAUACAAGUACCACAUACACAACUUGACUCUUCUUGAUUCAGUCGUUGAGGAUAAUUGUUACGAAUAUUAUUGCGAUGUGUGCGAAGAAGAAAGGAACUCAGAUUUUCGUGUUUACAGCUGUUCUAACUGCCAAUAUGUAGCACACAUACAUUGUUUGAUCCCUCAGAUUAUGAAGUUGAUCAAAGGAGUCAAUGACAUUAGUAAUGAUGUGGAGCUUUGGGCUUUAGGAGAAAAUAGAUGGAAGUGGGACAUUGGAAUUGAUGAAAAAGAUUAUAAUAAUAAUACUAAAAAAGAGACCGUUAGAGACUUGAUGAAUUAUCUAACCCAAAAAGAAAAGGAGAAGCUACUUCAACCAUGGACUUUAUGGGGAUUUUAUGGGGACAUACUAUAUUUGUAUGAUUAUUUCAAAAAUGCUAAUUCUCGAUUUCAUCAAUUAGGAUCUAUUGAAGAUUUUGAAACAAUUAGUGAAUUUUUUCAAAAGUUCGAUAGUUUGGUGAGGAAUGACUUUGAUAAUGAGUUGUUAUUCUAUACUCCUAAAGAAGGUAUAGAGAUAAAGGAGAAGUAUUUAAGGCAAAAGGUUAGGGAAGUGGAUGGUAAGUACAAGGUACCCAACACAUUGGCUCCUAUUUUGAAAACAUUGCUCGACAGCUAUGGAGGAGAUCUUGGAGGUUAUUCUUGGUUGAGCCCAGCAAUGAGGAGUGUAUUUGCAACAUUACUACUAAUUGUCAUUGACCAAAUGUGUAGAACCAAAAUUGAAGACGUGACAUGGGAUGAUCUUAAACAAUGGCAUUUUUAUCUACUUGCCAUUUAUGUGAUUGCACAUUUUAAAGUUCUGCCAAAGCUUCGGGAAUUGAGAGAGAAUUUCAUUCGAAAGUAUUGGACUUUCAAAGUCAUAAGAUUAAAACAAGUCUACACAAAUCUUAUAGAUGAGAAGGUUGAAUAUCUGAAAGCUGAAUUAAAAACAUGGGAAGAGAAUCGUGAGAAGUUCAAGAAGAUAGACAUAAAUGGCAUCUUGAGAACUACUGCUUUGCCGCUAAAGAAGAUGGCCAUCGACGAAGACUUCUCUGUAAGCAUUGCUUCGGAACUAAAGCACGAGACUGUUGGUGACAGUUUUUUUGAGCUUUUAGAUAAGGAAUUUAGCUAAAUAUGUGUGUUUGUUUGUGUGUGUGCAUCGUGUGCUUUCAUUUUUUUCAUGUUUCUUUCUUUCGUUAUUUUUUUUCUUACUAUUGUAAUUGCUCUACUGAAGCUAAGAAUAUGUAAGUUCAGUACUUUUGUAAUACAGAAGGCUUUCUUA